AUGUUAACUUGGGUACUCGUUUUGGCAUUAAUUACAGCAUUUGCACUAGCUUUUGGUCUCGGUGCAAACGAUGUUGGUAAUACAUUUGGAACAUGUGUUGGUUCUCAAGUACUAACUUUAAAGCAAGCGUAUGUGUUAGCAACUGUAUCUGAAAUAUUGGGUUCAGUUUUAUUGGGAGGUAAAGUGACGGAUACCAUUUGGAAAGGUAUUAUCGAUCAUUCAACGUUUGUUGGAGAAGAAAGUCAAUUAAUGAUCGGAAAUCUUGCAGCACUAGCAGGAUGUUGUAUAUGGCUGUUAAUCGCAACAUUUUUUCAUUUACCCGUUUCUGGCACUCAUUCGAUCAUUGGAGCAACAUUGGGUUUCGCUUUAAUUGAACGUGGUUUACGUGGAAUUAAUUGGCUUAGUUUUGGCACAAUUAGUACGUGGAAUUGCUUCAUGGUUUAUUGCACCCUUGUUUUCUGGACUAAUGGCUGUUGGUCUCUACGUUGUAAUGAGAAAAUAUAUUUUGGAAAACGUACGGAUCAUCUAUUGAUUGCUCAAGAUCAAAUUAAAUCACAUGUAUGGCUUGUUUGCUUGUUAACUGUAGUAGCUGGUGUUCUUACUGGGAUUAUUGUGUGGAAAUAUGCAGCACCAAGUUUAAAAAAUCAAAUUGCAAAACAGAGUAAACAUGGUCAGGACAUUUUUGAUUUGAAAACACUAGAUCCCGAUUUAACAGUAAUUGAUUAUAGUUUUAAAAUGCAACGUUUUAUGGAAUAUGAAGAAAAUCAACAAGAACGACCAGACGAACAUACUAGUAGUAAGAUGAAUGAUAGUGAAGAUGCAGCCAGUAUUGGAUUAGUUCAACGAACAUAUGACAAAGAAACACAAGUAUUUUUUGGACCAAUAGUAGAACGAAUAGAUGUCGACGAUGAGUUACCAAAUGAGAGUAAUGAUCUUCUUCGUUUCAACAUUGCUAAACAUGAAGAUUCGCCGGAAGUAGCGAAAAUGUUUUCAUUUCUACAAAUAUUUACUGGAAUAUUUUCAUCCUUUUCACACGGUGGUAAUGAUGUUAGUAACUGUGUGGCACCUCUCGUUGGAAUAUGGAUCAUUUGGUCUACAAACAAAAUUUCGUCUUCGGUACCAGCACCAGCAUGGCUUCUAUUUUAUGGUGGAUUAGGCAUAAGUGUUGGUUUAUUUACAUGGGGAAAAAAAACAAUUCAAACAAUUGGCAGUGAUAUCACGUCUGUGACACCGUCUAGUGGUUUUGUUAUUGAUAUAUCAAGUAGCAUAGCGGUUUUAAUUGCAUCAAAUUUGGGAUUGCCUAUUAGUACAACACACUGUAAAGUGGGCGCUAUAACUUUUGUUGGUAGACUACAUUCACGUUAUUCAGUUAAUUGGAAAGUGGUUAGAAAUAUUAUUAUUGGAUGGAUUACUACAGUGCCGGCGACAGGCGGAAUAGCGGCAGUUCUAACUGUGCUAUUAAAAUUAGUAUUAUAA